AUGAAUCAAUCAAUUUUAAACCCAAUUGAAGCUUCAAUGUUUCCAUUAAAACAAUUCCCAAAUUCAUCGUCAUCAUCACCACUUAGUGCAUCCUCAUCAUUGUCAUCCUCACAAGAUCAACAACCAGACCAGGAUGGCGAUAUUGUUGCUAUUGCACCAACUCUUCCAGCUGGAGAAACCUUUACCUUAUUUAUUAGUAAUGCUCCAUCAUCCUCUUCAUCAUCACCAAAAAUUAAUAGUAAUACCGAUGAUGUACCAACUUCUGCUGAGGACCUCUCUUCAUCAAGUGGUAAUAUUAAUGCAGAAAAACCAAUGAGAUCUUCUGCCUCAUCCUCAUCUUCAUCACCAGAGCCAUCAAAAGUUAACCUUUUAAUGGAUAAUGAUGAUGUUGAUGAAAUCUCUGGUGGUUCCCAAAAAAGAGUCUCUGGUGAUUUAAGUAAUCUUGCCGACGAAGAAGACGAUGACGAUGACCCACGUAAAAAGAGAAAGAGAAGAAAGGCUGUUGAAAUCGAUAGAAGUUUCAAAUGUUCCAUGGCUAACUGUCAAAAGAUCUAUGGUUCAGAAAAUGCUCUUAAAAUGCACAUCAAAUUAAAACACCCAGAAUACCAAUAUCUUAUUAUGCAACAACAAAUUCCAUUAACCAAUAAAACUUCACCACCAAUCAUUGUUAAUAACAAAAUGUUACAAUAUAAUAAUCACCCAGGAUAUGUUCAAGGUCCACCACAUGGUCACCCAAUGCAAAAUUCCCCACAAUACCAACAAUAUGUUCAACAAACCCAAUACCAACAAGCAAUCCAUAAUAGUAGAGUUCCAACUUCAUUAUUGUUCCAACAACAACAACAACAACAACAGCAACAACAACAACAACAACAACAAAUGCCACCACAACAUCCACAACACCCACAACAUCCAUCACAACAAAUGCCACCACAACACCUCUCUCAAAUGCCAAGAUCACCACAAGGUUAUUCCCAACAACCACCAAGAAAUAUCCCAUCAUUAAAAUUCAACGGUCCAGAAAUGAAUCCAAGAGAUAUCUAUUUAUUAUCGAAACAAUAUACCGAACAACAACAAUACCAACAACAAUAUGGCAAUGGUGGUGGUAAUAAUAAUGCUUUCCCAAAAUUAUUUAAUUCACAAGUCCCAACCUCUGAACUUAAGAAUCAAUUAGCAUCAUUCCUUGCUAAAGAAAAACAAAAUCAAAAUAAUAAUAGUAAUAAUAACAAUAAUAGAGAAAGUGGUUUAAGUAGUCAACACUUACAAUCAAUUAAUAAAAUUAUAAGUGCUACCAACAUUGCUCAUCUUUUACCAAGUAACCUCCACCCAGCUUUCUUCCAUAGUUUCCAACAACAACUUGAUCAAUUGUUUGCAUCAAAUCCUGGUAUGGCUCAAGAUAUUUUAAAUUAUGAUUAUGACGAAUUAAGCAAUUUCAUCAAAAAACAAAUUGAACAAGUUAAAUUGAAACAAGAGCAUUUAUUCCAUAAUAGUAACAAUAGUAACAAUAAUAAUAACAACAAUAAAUCCAAUCGUCUUCCAAACUUUAAUUAUCAUGAUGAAGAAAAUGAAGAUAAUGGCCAAAAUGAAAGAUUAAAUAAUGAACAAAAUAAUGAAAAUAUAAGAAAAAGAGAAAGAGAGGAAGAUGAAGAAAAUAUUUUAAAUAACAAUGCAAGAUCUUCUUUUAAUAGAAAUGAAGAUUCUGAAUAUCCAACACCAUCAUCAUCACCAAUUAACAGAAAUUUAAAUAGUUCCAAAAAUAUAUUGCCACCAUUAACAAAGGGUAAUUUAUCAUUCCUUGUUUCAAAUAAUUCAAAUAACUCUGAUAAUGAAGAAGAUAUUAAAAAACCAUCAUCAACCUCAUCAUCAUCAACCUCAACACCAAAUAAUAACUCCUCCUGUAUAAAAAAUGAACAACAAUCAGAUGCCGCAAGUCUUCUUUUAGGCUUACAAAAUAUUUAA